AUGACGCGCGCGCGGGGCGUCGCCAUCGCGCUCGCGGCCGCGCGCGGCGCCGUGGCGGCGCGCGCCAUCUCGCGCGACGACGGCGACGACGGCGGCGGCGGCGGCGGCGCCCCCGCCGCCGCUCGGUGCGACGCGACGUGUCAGACUCUGGCGCACCUCGCGAGCGGGCUCGUCCUCUUCUGGACCGUCCUCGGCGCCGUCCUGUUCGGUAUCGCGAUGCUGCACAACCUGGACACGCCGACGAUGUUCGAGCCGCCGAAGGAGGAGAGAGAGCGGCGACGGUGGUUCCGAUGA